UCAGCUUUUCUUACAUCACAUGUAGAAAGUAUCCAAUCAGCUUGGAGUUGAGGGGAAUGCUUUGGUGGAGUGGUGUGUGGACAAGUGCUAAUACUGUGAACUUUUCUACAGGAAGGAAGGAAGCAGGGAGUGUAGUUGGCAGGUUCAUCUUAAAGAGCUCGUUAAACCUCCAAGUGUGUGUGUGUGUGUGUGUGUUGAUUUCAUCUUACUGUUUAGUAAAAUGCUGCAGUGAAAUGCGGACACAUCUUGCUCAUUUCAAUCAUCGCAUCUCUUAAUUUGGGCCAUUUAGUUUCGCCCAAAAAAGUAAUUAAUGGCAGAACUACCUCUUUGCUUUUUUGCAUGGCGAACACAAUGGUUGGGAUUAUCCCGGGAUGUAUGGAUUAUAUCCCCAAUGUUGCACUGGGAGGAUUUCAGUCGGGUCAUCUGGAAAUGGACGGGGUUAGACUGGGUUACCUGCGCAUCAACGGGAAGCAAAUGUUCGCCCUGUCGCAAGUUCUGGCGGAUCUGUUCAAAGACGUCCCGAGGACCACGAUUCGCAAGAGGAUGGAGCACCUGAAGAUCAAACGACGCCGGUGCGAUUUGAGGGAGUUGCGGACUCUGAAAGCCAUGAACUCGGUACCGACGCGAGCGGUCAAGUGCUCCCUCAUUUCCAAAGAGGAUCUGGAAGUUUUAUACACAGUCUACAAAACGCCAGAGGUCGGCAAGAAGAAGAUCAAGGUAAAGGUGAGGAGUGGCGGACAGCUAAGCAGCUCGGAGGGACACGGUUUCUACACCGGGCUCUGUACCGAGAGGGCGGUGCUGCUGAGGACACGGGCACCGGGAGAAUGCGCCCAGGUCAGAUACCCGACACCGAGCGGGACUGAGCUCCUCGAUUACCCCUCGGCGAUCGUACCGGCCGGUAAAGACUUCCCGGAGUAUGGAAACGCGGAGAAAGCCGGUAUGUGCCCAGUGUACCGGGAGCAGGAGGUGUUUUACCGGGACCUGGUCUGUUGCUUCCCCAGAGCGGUGCAACCCUCCGUCGCGGUUCGAGUUCAUGGAAACGAGCAGCCGGUUCAUUUCACGGCGAAAUAUUCAUGUUGUAACCGGAGCAAAACCGUGGGAGGCGGUUUUCUCAGUAACGGCAAUUCAUCGCUGAGCCCCGCAGCCUUCCAGUCGGUGAAAACCAUGUUCCUCUCUGGAGAUAUAAAGACGGGAAAUGAAAGGGGCUUUGCACCGGGCGGUCAGGUCGCCUCUUUGGGAUAUUCCAGUGACUCGGACUGCAGCCUAGAGCCGGGCAAUCUCUCGGAUUUCGGUUCCACGGACGAAGACGAGGAAGACGGAGAGUCGGUGUUUUCCGCCUCCAGCAGCGGCGAUGAGAGCUCCACCGCCUCAGACUCCAGCUCGGCUCACAGCGGCGUCUCUCUGCACAGUACCCGCUUCAGGAGAGCCACCUUACCCAGCGUCAGCGCGAAGAUCCCGGCGGUGUCCCCCAGCCCUGCGCCGCCCGACAGAGUGGAGCUCCCGGCGGUGGACAAGUCCCAGUCGCGGCCGCUGUUCCUGCAGGUAGCCUCGAACUCUCCCACCCGCGCCCAGUCCAAGGGGAGCCCCGGCACCGGGCCAAAGGGCAAUUCUCCUGCCGGGGAGAGGCAGCCAGGAGCCAGGGUCCCAUCUCAACUGCCCGGAUCCUCUAGGACCGGCCUGUCUUUACAACAAAGGGAUACGUUACAGUGGAGAGCGCGGCCCGGCAGCUCAGCUCUUUCCUGCUUUAAUACAAACGCUGGGAAAUUCGACAGUCGGGACAAAGCGGCCCUGUUCGGUUCCGGAGCCCAUUCCCAGGGCGGGAUUAACCACAGGAUCGGCGGAUCCAGAGAGCGCCCUGACAUCUGCAGCCGCCCCCCGCGAGCGAGUGUCCAGAGUCCUGGCUUCAGCCCCGGCACCGGGCCGGGCUCAGGGAGAGGGGGGCCGGGGCGGAGGUACAGACCGAGAGUGAACCUGGGGGUUGACUGGGAGGAGGAGGAGGAGGAGGAGAGUGGAGUGAUACAAUCAGUGAGCGAGUUUCCUGGAUCUGUCCAUUCGCUCCAGGAUCCCACCUCGACAGGAAUACAAAACCAGUGCACUUUAGCGAAUGGGCCGCCGGCCGCUGGCUGGGGGAACGCUGCCAAAAAGAGACGCAUCUCUUCGAGCUGCCGCCGCGGUCGGUCCAAACGCUGUUCGGGGAGGGUGCAACCCUGGGUCACAGCGACCGGCCAAAGGCCGAACCUACUGAAAGACCCUGCCAAGUGCAGACGUGUCAGCUGCGGAUUAGUAACGCCGGUUAAGAAAGCUUUCAGUUUAAUGGGCAAUUUCCCCACACCGCCCUCGCUGAUUGUAGGUGACGAUGGGGACCUGUGCCCGGCCUAUUCCUUCAGCUCGGAGCCCUGUGACACAGUCCAGAAAGCUCACCCUCUCUGGGCCUGGCAAAUCGGCCGCUCAGCGAUUCCCCUUCCACCCAGCCUGAAAUUCAGGGGCUUCAGCCUUUAGGGGUCAGUGACAGAUUGUGGACGUGAAAUUGCCCCCCCCCCCCCAUUGUCCAUUUGCAAAAGAAAGUGUUGUCACACCAUCCGCAGGCUGUUCCAACACCCUGAUCAGAAAAUGCAGUUCACAACAAAGAUUGAACAGCUAUUUUGAUUAUUUCAUCCCCAAACCGAACACGGCAAUUUUUUUUAACCAAAAAGUGAUCCUAAUUUAUCGGCUACAGUAGGGAGAUGUGUGGCUCUUUGAAGAUCGGUGUGUUUAAUAGAGAAAUGGGGAAGCAGUCAGGUCUGGCCCCAGUACACGCCUGGAUGUGGCUCUUUGCACUAGUCUUUUAUUUUCCCCUGUGCAAUCGACCUAUUAAAGCAUUGGGAGUGACAUUUACUGAACGAACAGCCUCUCAAUCGAGAGAAAUUUCAAAUAUAUCAGAACGAUUUAAAAAAACACUUUCCAAGUAGCCUCCCACAGUCAUCAGACUACAUUGUGUUGUGGGGAAAGGGAGAAUGAGAAGAUUAUUCUACGUGCCACCCCCCCCCCCCCCCCCCCACCCCCACCUCCUUCCAUCCAGCUGGGUCUAGAUUAUCGGGAUUUUUAAAAAAUCCUCCUGACACAGUGAUCUCUUGUACUCACCUCAGUUCCUUCUUUGUUCCUUCAGGAAGCUUUAAUUAAAAGUAGUCAAAAAUACUGGUGACAGGACAAGGGAGUAACAGCUGUCAUCUUUUAAAUGGACGGGGAGCUCACUCGAAAUGAAUUGUACUACAGUUGGUUGUUUUAAAGGUUUUAUUUUAGUCGUUUUGAUAAACUAUUGUCAAUUUUAAUUUAAAACAUAUUUGAACUGAAGUCUCAGUGAAAGCGGAGAGGGAGGGAAGUGUGAUUGGGGUGGGGGCGGAGGAUACCUUUACUUGACUCUGUAGACGGGCCAGUGAGUAAAUAUCCUGAGCUCUGUGUGUUGCUUCUGUCCCCGCUUAAUAAUCGGAUGUAUAAUUUGCAAGGGAAACACAGUAACCUUCCCUUUAGAUGCAAAUCAGUUGAACUCUGAAGGAAAAGAGGUUAAUGCACAGAGGCAUGCAUUACUGAUCAAACCCCACGUAAAGUUCCAGUCAAUAGUUCCCCAUUCAGAAGGGAAAAAAAGACUGGUGCUUGAGUUGAAAUGCAAUUGUAAUUCCUUUUUUUAAAAGAAAAUAAUAUUAAAAUUUAUUCCUCAGUUGUUGUAAGUUUUAUUUAUUUAGAAUUUGAUAAAGGUUCCUUUCAAGAACACAGAAAACAAACUUUAGCAAGUUUUUUUUAGUCCCUGCUCUUUGUGAUGUUGACAGUAUACAGUGAGUGAGUGAGGUUACGGGGGAGGGGAGAAGCCUACUCCCGCUCAGUGAGUCCUCAUCAGGAAGAAUUUAAAUUAUGCUUAUUUCUUGCGAAAAAAACAAUCAGGGGCAAAACGUGGCGAGGGUGUUGUGCUGUCUAAAGGAUUAUUGACACUGUGAUUCGAUUCACAAUAACGGCACGGGGUGGAGGGGGAGGGAAUCCGUUCAAACGCCAGGUUUGAAUUAAUGAUGAAAAACGUGUUUGGAACAAACAGAUGUGAGGAGAGUGGGGAUUUUUUUUUCUUUCUCUCUCUCUCUCUAUGGGAGGGGGAGGCUGAGCUCCUGUGCUGACAUUUUAAAUCUGUUCUGCUCUCCCCAUCCCCCACCCCCGCGACCACCACCAGGAUUCUGGAGAGAGAAAAAAAAACGCGGACAAUUGCAGUUUCAGCCAAGAUGGUGGUCGUUUGUUUACAUAGGGCCAGCCUGGCAAGGAGGAGAGGUCCGUGCAAGAUACUCUCAAACUCAGAGCUGCAUCAUGUCACGGGAACCAUGCAGCCUGGAAUGUUUCAAUUCCUUUCUUUUUAUCGCAGCGGGAAUUGGACGAUAGAUUAGGCUGGAGUGGAGAAUUGAAGAGAGAGAGAGAGAGAGAGAGAAAGGCGUAGCGAGGGACAAAAUCCAGGGAGAUGGAGGCAGACUGUUGAUCCUGUUUUCCGUGAAGCGGUGAAAGGAAGAUGGGGUAGUUUCGCUGGGUGAGUGUUUUCAGGAGCUGGGACCCGAUUUCAGGAUUAAACUGAAAGCAGUUAGUGAGGGACGGGGACAGGGAGAGGAGGGAUAGACACAAAUCUAACGCGCACAAUGUGGAUCGUCACCCGCCGUGCGCUCGCUUUGCUGCGGCUGUAGGACAGAGGCGGAACCUUUUCCACCAUCAAAGUCUGAGUGGCUAAAACGAGCCACUUCCAGAGAAAUUGUAAGUGGAUCUCGAGGCACUCAGCCACACAGACUGCAGAUGUAACUGGCAACCACUGCCAACUAUCCUUUCUCCAACACUGUGCCAUCCACUCGGAGGUAAACCCCCACCUGCAAAACAAAAGCACACAUGAUUCCAUGCUCAAUGUAUAUCGUUGAUGUGAGAGGCGGUGGACCCUAUCGAUUACCGAGACCCGCAAUUAAAAAGCACCAGAAAUAGCUCGUCUGACCACUGUUAGAAACCACGCGCCUGCAAAAUUGGCAAUGCUCGUUCAAUUGCAGUCUUAGUCUGACACCCAGCCGGCUGAACGCCCGAUGGUCCACGCCGCUUUUAAUUGUAAUUAUAUUUGCAUUCAACAGUUUGAGGGAUUGUCCCGGUGCUAUCUGGCACACCCCGUAAAAUCCUGGGAUUGGAAUUGGAAAAUGUAGCAUGAAAUAAUCAUAAAUGAGGCAGAAAUUAGCAAAAAAAAAGAUGCUUACAUUUAAUAAAAGCUACAACAGUUCAUCGCGUGUUAUAGCCACGUAUCAAUGCAUAACAUAGGUAGAUAGGUAGAUAGGUAGAUAGAAUUCUGUAAGAAGAGUCAUUUUGGAUUUGAAACAUUACUCCUGUUUCUCCCUCCGCAGAUGCUGCCAGAUUUGCUGAGUUUCUCCACCACUUUUUGCUUUUGUGACAGAUCUCCAGCAUAUAUAGUUCUUUGCAUUAUUGUAGAUUGAUAGAUAGAUAGACAGGCAGAUAGGUAGAUAGACAGACAGACAGAUAGAUAGAAAGAAAGAAAUGUUUUGCUGUGCAAAGCCUGCACCCAUUGCUUCACGAUGGUUCAAUCUGACAAGUCCCAUUGGAUUUUAUUGUGCAGCGAGAAUUCUUUCAUAUUGAUUUUCUCAUUUGUCUAAUUGAACAUUUUCGGUCCGUUUGUACCGCUGAUGUUGACAAAAUCUUGCGUGUACCCGUAUGCUCUACACUCAGUCUCGAACCGCAUGUUUUCUGACUUCGGGAAGAGAUGGAAAGUAAUUGGACUCUCAUUUGGUCACAACACUUUUAACUGAUUUUAAAUCUGCAGGCGGAGGCUGAAUAAUCCUCCCAACCCAUUCUUAAAAGGGGAACUCGUCUAUCGUGGUUAGAUUAGGAGAUGGGCCUUGGUUUGCAGAGUUCAGGAAUAACAUGGUCACUGCGAUUUGAAACAUCGAUUGAUUUGCCCUAUCUAACGUGUUUUUUUUUAAGAUGCUACUGGGGAUCAAUUUGCAUAUAUUUAUGUAGGGUGUGAACAGAUGAAUUGUGACUAUUAUUCCCUCGGAAGAUUUCAUAAUGAUGAUUUGCCGCGCAGCUCUAAUUUGAAAAGGGCAUAAUUUGUAAAAUAUGCGCAAUGCAGCACUUGGAUUGUUUUUGGAUUGGUCUCAAUACCUAAUGUUUAAAACUAGAGUCAGCAUUUAUUUUUGUUAAACAUCCGGCAGCAGCGGGCUCUUCCCCAACAACAACGUCAAUUCGAGUUCUAUCUGUGAUUUCAGUGAUUGGUUUACAGACGCUUAGACUAGCUGGGCCCGGCGGCUUGGUUGCUCGAUAAGAUAUAGGUUAAUCCUUUUUAGUGCUGAGAACCCUAAAGAAAGGUUCAAGGCUUUCAAACUACCAAGGUUGCCGAGAGUCAAGGAGACUACACAUACUAGGGAUCCUGGGUUUUAACAGGCUGCGGGUGUGCAGAAAAUAAGUUAAUAAGAAAAUAAGUGAAGAAUUUUUUUAAAAGGCACCAGAGAUCUCGGAAGAAUGAAUCAGAAUAUUCUUCAGUAAAAAGAGGGGAGAUGUGAGCUGGACUAGCGCGUGAUGGGCUCCCAGGAAGGAGUGUGUACUGGAUGUAACGUAAUAUUUAAAAGAAAGAGUUGCAUUUAUAGGACCCCUCUCGUGACCUCAGGACGUCUCAAAGCCCUUUUACAGCCAAUGAAUUCGUUUUGAAAUUUAGUAAUAUCGAAGGGAAGGAAUCAGACUCUGUGUUUGUAUGGUCGCAGUAACUGGAAUAUCUUCCUAGCUGCAGCAGGUACUGACAGAGAGAGCUUCUUAAGAGUCGAGGAAAGAUAAAUGUUCGAACGUCAAGGAACAACUAGGUCCAUUGAAUAUCAGAAAUAAGAAUCUCAAUGAAAACAGAAUUUCUCAGACGAGGGAUGGUACUUUUUUGUUAUGGUUCUUAUAGUCUUUAUUUUUACACUGCCUGUGAUGAAUUAAUAUACGUGACUCUUAAGAACAAGAGAAAAUGCCUUACCUCCUCCAUUCAACCGUUUAUCUCGCUCAUUCACGACAAUCAUAUGUUUGCUGGACAGUUUCGCCUGGGGUAUUCAAGGCCUGUGCUUUACUCGGGGCGAAUCCCAUAGAUGAGAGUAGAUUCAGUCUCGUGUUUUUACAAAACUGAUGGCGUGGGUAAUCAUGUAAACUAAAGUACAAUUCCCAUACCUUGGCACUGUGUACCUUAUCUCACAUUGAAUUGAAAAUAUAAAAUAUACGACAAUAACAAUGCGACUGCAAAAAAACCGACAAAUUUAUAACAUUGAAUGUCUCCCGAAAGUGGGAGACGAAAUUCAGAUCUCCUGCACAAUAUGCCAACUGAACUUCAGGUAAUGUAUGUGUGAUUACAAAUCAUUCGAAUCAAUUAGUCAGCAAUAUUUCAGCAUGAGCUUGUUUGGUUAGGUCCAUCUCCAACACUUUCUCUCACCAUUGUGGCACCCCGUUCACCACCAUCCAGCAUUCACUUCCUUCACCACAGAUGCACAGUGGGAGCAGUGUAUAGAUCAACUGAGGUGAUUCACCGACGUCCCUUGGACAUCACCUUUCCAACCUACCACCUCCACUACCUAGAAGGACAAGGGCAGAAGAUGCAUGGAACACCGCUAGCUGCAAGUUUCCCCUCCAAGCCACUCAGCAUCUUGACUUGGAAGAAAAUAUAUCACUGUCCCUUCACGGUCGCUGUGUAAAAAUUCCGAAAAGCUUUAUGUGUCUCCUUAUAAGUGAUUCAAGAGACAGCUCACCACCAUGUACUCCAGGGUAAUUUGAGGGUGGGUACUCAGUGCUGGCCUAGUCAGUCAUGUCUAUGUCCUCUGCACGUUUUUUUUAACAACUGCUUUUCUGACCAUGUCGUUUUGCAAGCCAUCUCACAAUUACAUGGACAUUAGAAUUGGCGAUAUUUACUAGGUUUGUUAAUAAUUAUAUCUGUUCACCAGAGAACCGAUAUACCAAAGUAUUAGAAAAUUGUAAUGUGUAAUAAAUGGAAAAUUCACUUGUCUCUUAAUUCAGGAUGUGAAGUUAUACCGAACCAAAGUUAAACUGAGCACUGACAAUUUUUACCUUAAACAAACAGCAAUACAAAUUUACUAGUUUAUUGGAUUCGGUUUUUAAAAAAAGCUCGCCUUACGACUUUUAGAAUUGUCUAUUACUCAGAUGUGGAGGUUGUGGGUCAAAUGGAUCAUUGACAAGUACAGUUGACAAAAGUACACCAAUUCCCGAAAGUGGAAUAUGCAUUAGUUUUUUUUUAAAUGCUGAUUUCUGUCAUAAAUUCUAUUGAUCAAUUAGCUUUUGUAUUUCCUAGGUCUCAAGUGUAUUGCAAUAAAACUAA